UCCAAUUAAAAGAAGUUGUACCAUCAUGCAGGACUGCUUCCUACUGAAAACAGAAACCAAUUUCUUGUCGUAGGAUUCGAACAGUGAUGUUGUUAAAAAUGCCUCGUGUUGUUUCCGACCAGAGAGCCACAUACGACUCAAACGAACUAUUUCGACGCCUGAGCCGAGACACAGAGAUAAAGUACACCGGCUACAGAGACAGAGGGACAGAGGAACGCCAACUUCGUUUUCAAAACAGUUGCCGAGCAGGAAGAGCUGAAAUUGCAUUUGUGGGUUCUGGUACAAACUUCACCCUGCAGUUUUACCCAUGGAGCGUAGAAGGUGGGCAGGGGAUCACCCCACCCAAGGACUACGUCAACUUUGACAGAGAACCUGGAAAAGUGCAUUUAAAGGCGCCAUUUAUUUUGAAUGGUGUGUGUGUGUGUUGGAAGGGGUGGAUGGAUCUUCAUAGGUUGGAAGGCAUGGGAAGCAUAGUGUAUGAUGAGGAAAGAGCUCAGCUAGAGGCAACACGUCAGGGUGGGAGUAUGCAACAACACAUGCACAAAACUUCCAAUCCAAAAACACAGAAUCAUAAGCACCCUGCCACUGGAGGCAGUAGUGGUCAAAUAGACAAACGCCCAAGGCUUCAUUAGAAACAGAUUGCUGCUGAAUCUUGAAAAGAAUCCAGUGUACUUAACCCAGCUUUUACCUUUCAAUCGUAUUGUCACAAGGCAAAGUCUUGCUCUACAGUGUGUCUUGCUUUUUACUUUUUUUUCUUCCGGUAAAGUUCAUUUUCUCUCACUUUGUUAAACAAGUCACCGGGCACCGGCGUUCCCUUUCAGAGAUUUUAACUGUUAAUGUUUUUAGUUCAAAACACGUCGAAUCUAAUUCGAGACUGUGAAGCAGUUAAACUGCGCCCUAAGUUGCUAUAAGUGAUCAAAGGCCACUGGGUAGUUGUUGUACAGACGCACACUGCUUGUCUGUCGCCGAAAAUGUUGCCAAAUAACCAACGACAAUCGUUCUGUCUUCUACCGCCCCUCCCAGCAACGGCGCAACAUAAGCAGUACUGCGAUGGUGUAUAUCGUUCAUUCUGCUUGCUUCAUCGCUGUAUCACACAAAACAUAUUUGCUUCGCCCGGUUUCCGAAACAGCGGUACCCAUAUUCACCCACAUUUGCGCUUUUCUAAACCCCCCAACACAACUAGCUUAAAAACCCAACAGCCGUCGUCCCACCACCCGAAUUCAUUUGUUUCCUAGUCGUCCGUUCGCUCUGCACAGCAGAAGUGUCAUUUCAUGGCGUCGUCUACUUUUCUAUCCCUUCUAGUUAAUUUUCUGCGAUACCAUGGAUUUCGUUGCAGCCACCUGGCAACCCGCAGUAUUCCAAACUAACAGAAUGAUUCCGGUAACUAACAUUAUGCUUUUCACGCAAAGUGCUCUAUUAAAAAAUAAAUAACUACUGAUAAGUGUUA